CAUCGAUGUUCUCUCAUGUGUAAUUUUGAAGCUGUAUUUUUUUUUUUUUUCUGAAUUUGUACGCUAGUUCGUUGAUGCAAGAAUGCCGGUUGUAAACUUAAACGUGCAAGUGUGUGUUUUGCAUUAGAAUAUAAUUGUGGAAUAUGGCGACAAACUUUGAAUGCAAUGAUUCUUUCUCUUCUGGUGCUGAUCUUGAUACCGCAAAUUCUGAUGAGAAGAAGGAUGAGAACUUCCGUACUACUCGUAACGGAAGAUCUAGUCCUUCUCAUAGUGCUCAAGGUCUGAUGCGAACAAGUUUGAAAAAAUUGAUUCAAGAGAAAAAAGCAAAGAAGUUUAGAUUUUUCAGAAAUGGAGAUCGGUUUUUUAAAGGACUUCUUUAUGUAUUAUCGGUUGAACGCAUUCGUUCUUUCGACGCACUUUUGGAAGAUCUCACAAGGGUUCUUGUUGAUAAAGUAAAUUUGCCAAAAGGAGUCCGUUAUAUAUUUAGUGUAGAUGGAAAGGAAAAGAUUUUAUCAAUUGACCAAUUAAACGAAGGUGGCAGUUAUGUAUGUUCUUCAACAGAUCAUUUUAUAAAAUUAGACUAUUUGAAGAAUGAAAAACCUCAUUGGAGUGUAACAAAAAAACUUGACGAUAGCUUAACAAAUAAAUUGGAAACUGACUCUUCGAGUAGAGAAUCCAGAGAUUUCAUUCGGCCAAAAUUAAUCACUAUAAUUAGGAAUGGUGUAAAACCGAGGAAAGCUGUUCGAAUGCUUUUAAAUAAAAAAAACGCACAUUCCUUUGACCAAGUUUUGAAUGACAUUACUAAUGCGAUAAAGCUGGACACUGGCGCUGUUCGAAAGGUUUUUACACUUAAUGGAAAACAGGUAAUGAGCUUGGUUGACUUCUUUUCUGAGGAAGACAUCUUCAUAGCUUAUGGCCCAGAAAAAUAUUAUCACGAUGAUUUCGAUCUAGAUAUAGAAGAAUCAAAAUAUCUGAAUCAUGGCAUGAAAUAUGCCCGCUUUCAGAGUUAUAAGCGAAGUUCAGGUAUGCUGAGCAUGCAGUCGCCUAUAUCAAGAAGGCGUGUUUCUUCUCCUUUUGCCCUUAAUGAAGAGUCUCUUUCCAACAGUAGUCGAAGUUCAUUUUCAUCGUCGCCGUUAUUCCCGCAUUGUGUGAGUAGUACUCCGAUCCAGAAAAGGCAUCAGUUUCAAAAUGGCCAUAGUGAUAUGUCAAAAAUACCUUCCGAGAUAACAAAGAAAUAUGAUAUUGGAAAAAUAAUUGGGGAUGGAAAUUUUGCUGUUGUUCAUGAAUGCACAAAUAAACUCUCAGGAACAGAAUAUGCUUUAAAAGUUAUUGAUAAAAACAAAUGCAAAGGAAAAGAACACAUGAUUGCAAGUGAAGUAGCUAUACUUAGACGUGUGAAGCAUGUUAAUAUUGUCCAGUUGGUUGAAGAGUUUGAUUUUGAAAAUGAUCUUUAUCUUGUCAUGGAAUUGGUCAAAGGUGGAGAUCUUUUUGAUGCAAUUGCUUCUGCUACAAAAUAUACUGAAAAGGAUGCCAGUUUAAUGGUUCAUAAUUUGGGUAGUGCUCUGUUCUACUUACAUUCCCUUAAUAUUGUGCACAGAGAUAUUAAACCAGAAAAUCUUUUGGUGGUGGAACAUGAAAAUGGAACUCGGUCUAUCAAAUUGGGAGAUUUUGGUUUAGCAGUAGAAGCAACAAAACUUUUAUAUACUGUGUGUGGAACACCAACAUAUGUAGCUCCAGAAAUUUUAGCUGAAACUGGGUAUGGUUUAAAGGUUGAUGUAUGGGCUGCUGGUGUUAUCACAUAUAUUUUACUUUGUGGAUUUCCGCCAUUUGUAAGUCAAACAAAUGAUCAAGUGGAGUUGUUUGACCAAAUACUUGCAGGAGAAUAUGAAUUCACAAAACCUUUCUGGGAUGAUGUUUCGGACUCAGCCAAGGAACUGAUAACAAUGAUGCUUCAAGUUGAUCCACAAGAUCGUUAUAGUGCUGCUGACAUUUUAGAACAUCCUUGGGUUCGAGCUGACAUUGCUCCUGAUACUGAUAGGCAAACUGCUGUCUCAAGAGAAAUCACAAUGCACUUUGAUCAUAAACCUAAAUCUUCCUUGAAGUCUGCUGGUAUUGCUCUUAUUGCUGAAACUGCACUUGACAAAAAACCUAUUUUGCGUUGACUUUUGUGUAUGUUCCAAGAUUUUACAGAUAUUGGUUUCAUUUAGAGUGAUUUUUUAUUACAUUAUAGAAUCAAUAAUAGAACUUUAAUGGUGCUAUGUACACACAAGAGCAACAGUUGUAUUUGUGAUUUAUAGUAGUGUUAAAAUUUUCAAUAAAUGUUUUGGUGAGUUUUAUAUUUUUAUACAUUAGUUUCGACAGAUUUAAGGAAUUAUGAAGUGGAGCAAUAUAUUAAACUUGUUACACAAUUUCAAUUUCCAAUCAUUCCCUCUCCGUUUAGUGAUUUUGAUACCUUUUUACAACCAUUUAAUGUGGUGUUUAUGCCUUGAUGUUAGCAUGAAUUAUGCCUUGUGGUUAGUUUCAAGAUUUGACUGCUUGAAAUAAUAUGGUACAAAUGAACUCUAAUAUUAAUAUAAAUUUGAAGCAAUAAUUGCCUUAAAUACACAAUGUAACUAAAUAUAAUGCAUUUGUAUAUUUAAUUAGAAUGUACUAAAAAAAAAUUUGGUACCCAUUCUUGAAAUGUUAAUAUUUAGGCAGCUACCUCAAAAUAUCGCUUAGCCAUACCACUAUAAAACUACUCUUGUGUUUUUCAUGCGGUAUAGAAUUUCUGUUCCCUACUGAAGUUGAAUGUUUAUUCAAUUAUUGUGCUCUAGUAAUUGAAAAAAAAUAGGAAAAAUGUGUAUAUAUAUUUUUGUAUGUCAUACUUUUAAUAUAUUUAUUAAUGUAGUAUGUUAAAAAUUUAUUUCAAUAAAAUAAACCAUUUUCUGACAUAAAAAUUAAGAGUUUCUAUGAAUGGGGGGGGGAGCAUUUGUACAUAAAUUCGAUAUAUGUGACCUACUAAACCUUUUUGUGCCACUAAUUUAUCCAAUGCAUGUUUUUUUCUGUAAAAUUGUUCCUUUCUUUUAUUUUUUUACAUUGAAAUCCAGUUAAUUCCAUCAUAUAAUCUUAAAUAAAUCAUUAAUCUAUUUUAUGUACAUAAUUUUUGACUUUUUUAAAGAAUGAUUUAUCUGUUCAAAAUUGAAAACAUGAGUCCCAGACAUUCUUUAGUUUUAUAGAAUAAUUAAUAAUAUAAUUACACAAAUAAAAUUAUUGUAAAAUAUUUUUAAAUCAAUGUUAGACUGAAUGAAUGUGUCACAUGACAGUAUGUUCCAAGAUGUAUGACCUAAAAAUUUCUGUAAUGAAAAAUAUUGUAUUUAACUAAUAUGCACUUGUUAUUAUGAAUCAGAUAAUGUGAGAAAAAGCUAACUUGAAAGUAUUUUUUGAAUAUUUAGUUUUUAUAAGUUAAUAUUUCAUGUUGUAGUUUGUAUUCAUAGAAUAAAUUGAUAU